CCUCGCUCUCUCGUGACUCGAGUACUUCACACUUCGUUCCAUGUCGACUCAUUAACAUUCAACCCCCGACUUCUGUCUGGACUCUUUGAACACUACGACGCUCCGAGACCUCUUUCAAUAUCCCUGGAAAUCAUUCUCUAGAACCUUUUGUACUACCAACAGACGACGCGAAGCCGAAAUGCCCUCCAUCCCCCAAAGUCGCUUCCCGUCCGGGCCCUCGCCCAUUCCCUUGCACGUAGCAAUCAUAGGCGGCGGCAUCACCGGUAUCAACCUCGCUCUCGGGCUCGAACGCCGUGGCAUAUCCUAUACAGUCUAUGAGCGCUCCCCCGGUUUCCGCGAGAUCGGCGCCGGCAUCGGCUUCUCUCCCAACGCCGAAGAAGCCAUGAAGCUGCUCAACCCUGAUAUCUUCCACGCUUAUAAGCGAACGGCCAACCCAAAUGGCGAAGACAAGUUCCAGUGGAUCAAUGGCCUCACCGACGAGCGGUUGUACUCCCUUUCCGUGCCCAAGGACGGAUUCCUGGGCUGCAAGAGAUCCGAGAUUCUAGAAGAGUGGGGGAGACUCGUCCCGCCACAGAACAUCCAGUUCAACAAGACGAUAGAGUCAGUUCAAGAACCCGGAGACCAAGGAUACAAUCCCAGCGAGGCUAGUGGAAAGAUAUUGCUCAGGUUCACCGACGGUACCCACGCUAGCGUCGACCUCGUCAUCGGCUGCGACGGCAUUCGCUCCCGCUUGCGUCAACAUGUCCAGUCCCAUCUCGAGUCUUCUUCGAUCCAACAUGUAGCAAAAGAAAGCUACACCCACAAAUACUGCUACCGCGCCCUCAUCCCCAUGUCCCGCGCCAUCGAGGCCGUGGGUCAGCAUCGUGCCUUGACAAGAUUCAUGUACAACGGCCCUGGUGCGCACAUCAUCACCUACCCCAUCGGCAAUAACUCGGUCCUGAACAUGCUGGCCGUCAUCAGCGAUUCCAACGAGUGGCCGGACGAGCAGAGACACGUACUCCCCGGUAACAAAGAUGACAUCCGCCAGGCAUUCAAGGGAUGGCAUCCCACCGUGCAAAAGCUCGCUGACCUGUUUCCGGAAGAAAAUGAAGAAGGCGGCGGACCGAUUGUCAAGUGGGGCAUCUUUGACACCUUGGACUUUCCCCUUCCGCAAUACUAUUCCGGCCGGGUAGCCGUAGCCGGCGACGCCGCGCACGCCACAGGCCCGCAUCUGGGAGCGGGAGGUGGACUGGGAAUCGAAGAUGCGCUGAUUCUGGCGGAGCUGUUGGAAAAGGUGACUGAGAUUCAGGCUUCAAACGGCUCUGAAUCUGAACUAGGCACGGACAUAAUGCUAGAGCGGGCACUCUACGAGUACAAUGACUUUAGGUAUGCUAGAACGCAGGACGUGGUUUCCUGGACAAGGAAGGCGGUGGAUUUGUUUCAGUGGAAGGACGAAAACGUGGCCAAGGAUGGAAAGAAGUUCGGAAGGCUGGUCAAGAAGUUGUUUCACCAAGUUUGGUACGAUUUGGAUUUACACCAGAUGGUGGAUUGGUCGAGAGGCAGGUUGGAAUUCGAUGUGCUUGAACGGGCGUUGGAGCCGAUUGAGAGGGAAGCGAGGGAAACUCUGGGGGGUGACAGUCUAUCAAGCUUAUCAGAUAUGGACAGUGAGGAGGGAGAUUACCGCGUCUGA